GAGAUUUUUUUGAUUAUUAAAUAAUCUUUUUCUUGUUAAUUUAUUUUUAGACUCUAUUCUAGUUUCUCUAUUAUUUGUCUGUUUUCUACUGAGCUGAGAAAAUGUCCGACGAUUUUGGAUCAGCCGGUGGUUGGGGAGAUUCUGGCAAUUCUGCAAAAAAAUCUGAUGUAACAUCUUCUGGUGCUGGUAGUUCAUGGGGAAAUGAAGCUAGUGGUGAUUCUUCAGAAAAAACUAGUUCAGGUGGUGGUUGGGCAUCUGGUGGUGAUUCAUGGGGAAAUGAAGCUAGUGGUGAUUCCUGGGGAAAUUCUGGUGGUUCAUCGAAGAAAUCUGGUGGUGCUUCUGGUGGUGCUUCUGGUGGUGGUAACUUUUGGGGAGCCAGUGAUGCCGAAAGCUCAGACAAGCCAAGAGGUAAAGGUUGUUUCAAGUGUGGUGAAGAGGGUCACAUGUCACGCGAAUGCCCUUCUGGUGGUGGUGGUAGUCGUGAUGGUGGCUCGAGAGCUAAAGGUUGUUUCAAAUGUGGAGAUAAGGGUCAUAUGUCCAGGGAAUGUCCUUCUGCUGGUAAUAGCAACGGUGGUAAUGAAGAUGGCUCAACACCUUUACUUGAUGCUGACGGCAAACCUCGAGCUCCAAUUUAUGUUCCCCCUGAUUUGAGUAAAGACGAAACACUCUAUGAAUCAGUUACUGCUGGUGAAAACUUUGACCGUUAUGAUAGUAUACCUUGUUCCGUAACCGGAGAUGAUAAGCCCACAAACCCCGAAAAAUAUGAGACUUUUGAAGAAGCAUUUACAAGUACAACUAUUCGUGCUGGACUCAAAGCUACAAAGAUUACUAAGCCAAUGCCUAUCCAAAAAUAUGGUAUGAGAAUCGUAAUGGCCGGUGGAGAUGCAGUAGCUUGUGAAUCGGAUAAAACAUAGGCUUUUAUUUUACCAAUUUUACAAGUAUUUUCGGAUCCUAAUACUACCAGUAAAUAUGGAUAUACAUGCCAAGAGCCAAAAGCUAUAGUUGUUUCACCAACCAGAGAAUUGGCCAUUCAAAUUUAUAGAGAAGCUUAUAAAUACUAUGCUGACAGCAUAGUUAAAGUUCAAAUAAUUUAUGGUGGAAUCUCAACUUCCCAUCAAAGAGCUAAACUAUCUGAAGGCUAUCACGUUCUUGUUGGUACUCCAGGCCGAAUUAUCGAUUUCCUAGAAAAAGGUUUUUUCUCGUUCUCCAUUUUAAAGUAUUUUGUUUUAGAUGAAGUUGAUCGAAUGAUCGAUCAAGGUUUCAUUCCUGAUAUUAGAAAAAUGGCUUCUAACGCUACAAUGCCUCCUGUUUUUAAGAGACAAACUCUUAUGCUCAGUGCUACAUUCCCUGACGAAAUUCAAUGAGCUAAACUAUCCAAA